UGACAUUAAGUAAGGUUGGUGUGAGACGCACACUGUGAGGAGAAAUCCCGAUAUGCCUUUUCCAACGUUCUUCUUCACUCUUGCCCUAAUGUAACCAACCUUCCGCUUCAAAGCCACGCCGAACGUAUCUCGCUGCUUCAACUCAUCUUCGAUUUUCUUUUGUUUUCUUUUUCUCCUGAUCCCUCAGUACUCCAUAAUCCUGUACCUGUGUACCAUAGUUCUCACGGCAUGAAAGACAACCAGAAGAUGGCGGGAAAUAACCCCAAGGGUUCCUCCCACAAGUCAUCUUCAUCCUCGUCUAACCGGAAAUCCAGGUGGGAAUCUGGCAAUACUACUAACUCUGAUCACAAUCCUGGUGCCGCCGGCAAUACCAAAUCAGCAAAACCCUCAUCAGUUACUAAGGAGGACGCCAUACCAGGCCCGUCUAAGUCCACUCUCGAUCCUAUCCCUCCGUCCGGACUGGGUCCCUUUCCGUCGGCGGGGCCUGCCACCGGAGCUCCAUUAUCGUUUUCGGACCCCGCUGCCAUCGGUCCUCCGCCGCCAGCUUAUGGGUUUCACAUGCUCGAGCGGCGAACAAUAGUUUUGGCUGAUGGGAGCGUUCGGUCUUACUUUGCCUUGCCACCGGAUUAUCAAGACUUUCCUACUCCUAUUCGGCCAUUGGAUAUACCUGAUAGGUUUUUACCGUUAGGACCUGGUGGCCAUGGCCCUGAGCCUGGCGGUUUAGGGUUAGGAUUUGAUAAGCAUUUCCCUCCAGUCGGGCCGAUGAGUCCAGAGGGACUCCGUCGUGAUCGCAAUGAGUUGUACGGGCGUGGUGGGCAGCAGGAUUACUGGAAUCACCUAGGAUUGGAUGACCGGGGGCCGUCACCACUGGAAGGUUCGUUGAAGAGAAAGUACACAGAUGAGGAUGAAAGGGGUGAUUUUGCACGGCAACGACAGCAUCUAUCCCUGUACGGGAACCCCAAUUCUAAUUCCGACUUCUUGGCUGGAACAAGUAGUCCUUUCCGUCGGGUUCCAUUGGACUCUGGCAGGGGAAUGGAUGAUUUAAGGUCAUCAAAACAUAUGAGAGCUGGAGGAGAUUUUGAGGAUAUACAUUCACGACGUGGUGCUGCGGCUGACGAUGGGGGUCUGAAUCAUCCUGACGUGGACGAAAAUGCUCUGAAGAAGGCAUUUCUUCGGUUUGCAAAAUCUCUAAAUGAGAAUGCUUCUCAGAGAAAAAAUUAUUUGGAGGACGGGAAGCAAGGGCCUCUUCAGUGCCUUGCCUGUGGCAGGUUUGGUAAAAUAGGGAUAUCUAAAGAUUUUCCAGAUAUGCAUGCUCUUAUCAUGCACACGUACAACUCACAGAGUGCUGACUUGCGUGUGGAUCACCUUGGCCUACACAAGGCAUUGUGUGUUCUGAUGGGGUGGAACUACAAGAAACCACCCGAAAACUCAAAGGUUUAUCAGUCAUUAUCUGCUGAUGAAGCAGCAGCAAAUAAGGAUGAUCUGAUUAUGUGGCCACCUGUGGUUAUCAUUCACAAUACAAAUACAGGGAAGGGAAAAGAAGGUCGCAUGGAGGGUAUGGGAAACAAAUCGAUGGACAAUAAACUUAGAGAUCUUGGCUUUGGAGGUGGCAAAUCAAAGUCAUUGUAUGGUAAAGAUGGUCACCUGGGCAUUACAUUGGUAAAAUUUGCUGCUGACCAGUCAGGUCUUAAGGAAGCUGUGCGCCUUGCAGAAUACUUUGAGAAGGAAGGCCAUGGCCGUAAGGGAUGGACCCGUGUUCAAUCCUCACAGAUGGGCAAGGAUGAUGAGAACAAUCCAAACCUGGUGAAGGUGGAUGAGAAGAGUGGAGAGAAGAAAAGGAUCUUUUAUGGGUAUUUAGGAACUGCGUCAGAUCUGGACAAGGUUGACUUCGAUACAAGAAAGAGGGCUGUUAUAGAGAGCAGAAGGGAAUUUAAGCCAUUCUAAUAUUUAAUCUUGGGCCUCUUGGCGACAAUGCAGGGUACUUUUGUAGUACUUAAGUAUUGUCAUGUAAACCGUAGACUUUCUGUCAUUGUAUUUUCUUUCCCUUGGGCUAAUACGUUGCAGCUAAGUUAUGAGGUAAACCAUUUACUGGAUAAUUAUUACAAAAAAAAAAAAACAUUUACUGGCUAGAUUAGAGGAUUGAAGUCCAUUUGAUGUGCAUGUUUGGGUUAGUCAAAUCUCAUUUGCAUUAGUGCAACUCUGCGAGUUGCAUUUGUCUAAGUUGAGUUAAUUUGUUGAA